AUGUCUUCAACUGGUAUCCCACCGGAUACCGGCGCCUUAAUGUCAGCAGUGCUGGAAGGCAUUUUAUAUGGUUUUUCAGUUCUCAUGUUUAUCGGUACCAUUUGGGCUUUGACCUACAAACGUCAGAUGCAGGACAUCAAUCGCCCGACCGCUGUGGUCGCCAUCCUGCUCUUUUUAGUGAGCACUAUGCACAUGGUCAUGACCAUCAUCCGUCUCCAAAAGGGAUUUGUGAAGUAUCGCGACACAUGGCCAGGCGGGCCAGCGGCGUUCUUCUCAGACGUUACGGAACAAACAUAUCUGAUACAGCAUACAUUAUACGUCUCGCAAACUGUAAUUGCUGAUGGGGUGAUGGUCUACCGCUGCUACAUUGUUUGGCAAUCUGUCCGGGUCAUCAUCUUUCCUAUGAUGAUGUGGUGUACCAUUGUAGUGACUGGCGUUCAUGCGAUCUACAAUAAUUCGCAGGCCGUCGGUAAUGUCUUAGACGUCUUCGCCCCAGAGUUCAAGAAGUACAUCUUGGUAUUCAUCACCUCGACUCUUUCAACUAAUUUGGUGUGUUCAGGAUUACUGGUAUAUCGCAUCUGGAUGGCUGACCGCGUAUCCUCUAAAAUGCGUACUACGAAGAGCACUAUGAUGCCAAUCGUGCGCGUGCUUGUGGAUGCCGCUGUUUUGCACUCUGUGGUGCUCUUCAGUCUGCUAAUAUGUUUCCUCAUCGGAAACAAUGGAGAGGCUGUACUGACGGACAUGGUCAUGCCGAUCAUAUCGAUUGCCUUCUACAUGGUGCUUAUUCGCAUCGCAAUCAAUAGAGAAAAUAACAGUAUAUUCCCGACUGUCCCGAAAGGGAUAACCAAUGGCAUGGGACAUGGAACCUCCCAGAAAUUUCCUGUGAAGCCCUUGCAGGUCCAUAUAUCCCAAGUUACGUACGAGGACAGGACGUCAGCGUCCAUAGUAGGGAAUGAAGACAAGCCAUCGACAUGCGAGGGGGCAUCUGACAGCGUGUAGUCAAUCUUGAUUUGGCAUGAAUGCCGCCCUACUAGGCUAUUAGGAAGUUCUAGUGUACUUCGCGCUUUUCCUCAGAGAUUUCUGUACUUCUAAUUUUAUUCCAAGGAUGUUAUUUACUCCACG